AUGUCGCAAGCUAUUGGCAACACCGCCCUUGCAUACGCUCGAGUAUGGCAUGUCGUAGACGCUCGUCAACGAGUCAUGGGUCGCAUGGCCACCAACAUUGCUACCACUCUUAUGGGAAAGCAUAAGCCCAUUUACGAUCCUGCUUCUGAUUGUGGUGACUAUGUUGUGGUGAUCAAUGCCAAGGACGUCCUUGUAUCAGGUCGCAAGGCUGAGCAAAAGUUGUACCGACACCAUACUGGUUAUCCUGGUGGUCUCAAGGAAAUCACAUACAAUGACUUGAAGGCUAAGGAUCCUACUGCGGCUAUCCGCAAGGCAGUGUCUGGUAUGUUGCCAAAGAACCGAUUACGCGACGAUCGACUGGCUCGUCUCCAUAUCUUUGAAGGCGAGGAUCAUCCUUACAAGGAAAACAUUAUCAAACGUCAUGGCUUGGAUCAGCAACAACAACAACAAUAG